GACUUUGUUGUGGCGGUGAGGAACAGGAAGCCCUGAAGGGUCAAAAGGAAUACAAAAGCAAAGGCUAUUUUCUUUCCUAUUUUUUUUUUCAUUCUUUCUAUUUUUUUUUUUCUCCUAAACAGAGAGCUACCUUGGCUGUGGCGGUUUGGGGUGAGCGCCGCCGAGGUGAGGAGGUCUCGCCUCCCGCGCGCUGGUAGACUGAUUGUUCCAUUAUGGAUGGAGGGGAUGAUGGUAACCUUGUUAUCAAAAAGAGGUUUGUGUCCGAGGCAGAACUAGAUGAGCGGCGCAAAAGGAGGCAAGAAGAAUGGGAGAAAGUUCGAAAACCUGAAGAUCCACAAGAAUGUCCAGAGGAGGCUUAUGACCCUCGGUCUCUGUAUGAAAGGCUACAGGAACAGAAAGACAGGAAGCAGCAGGAGUACGAGGAGCAGUUCAAAUUCAAAAACAUGGUAAGAGGCUUAGAUGAAGAUGAGACCAACUUCCUUGAUGAGGUUUCUCGGCAGCAGGAACUAAUAGAAAAGCAACGAAGAGAAGAAGAACUGAAGGAAUUGAAGGAGUACAGAAGUAAUCUCAACAAGGUUGGAAUUUCUUCAGAAAACAAGAAGGAAGUGGAGAAGAAAGUGGCUGUGAAACCCAUAGAAACCAAGAACAAGUUCUCCCAGGCAAAGCUGUUGGCAGGAGCUGUGAAGCAUAAGAGCUCAGAGAGUGGCAACAGUGUGAAAAGACUGAAAUCGGACACUGACCCAGAUGACAAGAAUCAAGAAGCCUCGUCCUGCGUGUCUCUUGGAAGCACGUCCCUGAGUGGUCCCUCCAUCCACUGCCCCUCCGCUGCGGUCUGUAUCGGCAUCCUCCCAGGCCUGGGCGCCUACUCUGGGAGCAGUGACUCUGAGUCCAGCUCAGACAGCGAAGGUACUAUCAACGCCACCGGCAAGAUCGUCUCCUCCAUCUUCCGAACCAACACCUUCCUCGAGGCCCCCUAGCUCCCAUGUCCUUACCACCGGGAGCUCCUCACCAAGAGUAGACCGGACAUUCCUUCUGCCUUCAGGCAUUACCUCCCUCAGAAAACUCCUUUGCCUGCUUCCUGUGCGCACCAAGACAUUUUUAACGUCAUCUAAAAAUGUGCCAGAAUUUAC